AUGAAUACUGUUUAAUUAAUACAACCUUGGAGGUAAGUUUCACCCCAGGCGAUAGAAGCCUUAAAAUCCUUAGAGUAAUUAUAAACUAUCUCAAAUGCAAAAAUAGUUAAAAGAAUUACCACCACAUCCCCAAUCAAGCAAUUCUUCUUAAAUGGGAGAUAACUUACUGUCUUUGGAAAUAACAGUCAAACUAAGAUAAUUUAACCUUGUUCUUACCAACCGGUUCAUUAAACCGAUAGAGUUCAACCAUAACAUAAUAGAAAUAUUUCAAUUGAAAUGCUAAAUUUUAAAUAGUAAGUCCAGGAUAAUAUAUUGCUCUAAACUGUGAUCUCAAAGUACGAGUCCUCUCCAAAAAUGAGUACUCCCGUCAAGAACUCUGGAACAUAAACUCCUACAAUGUUUACUCGAAAUUCAUGCGAUAAUAUUCCUCUACCGAAGGAACCCAACAAAGUAAUAGAGUCAAGAGAGAAUAAGUCUCCAUAAGUAAAUUUGAUCCAAAAAAAGAAAUUAAUUUUAAAUCAAAUUUUAUAACUUGACAAUGAAAUAAAAUUAAUGUAGGAUGAGGAGGCAAAAAGAAGAUUAGAUCCUUUGAGACAAAAAACAUCAAAUUAAACAUCCAUAGCUCCAGUUUCCAUCAGGGAAUCCUUAGAGAAAUAAGCAAGCACCAGUACUUUUAUGUCGAAAUUGAAUGAAUGGAUGAAAAAAAAGAAAGCAGUUCCCUUAGAUGAAAAAUAAGAUGAGCAAUCCAGUUCAAUAUAAAAUUCAGUUUUAAGGGAUUGUACUUUCAAGGGUAAUUUGACAUCUAAAGAUCAAAACUAUGAAUCAUUUUAUGAUCGCAACAUGAAAUGGUAAAGGAGAGUAAAUAUGAAGAAACAAAAGAUGAAAACCUAAAAAUCUAUGAUAUAAUUGAAGAAAGAUUCAAAAUCUCCAAAUUAAAAGCCUUCGAGACCAAAUUCAUCAGAAUUGAAUUGCUGGAUAAGGGGAAAAGAAUUAAAACAAUCUCAAUCUCCCUAAAAAUAAAAGCAAAAACAGAAUAAGAUACAAUAAUAAUUGGCCAAUAAAUUGCGUUUAUGA